GAUUACAUUCGUACAUCGUCAAGGAUUUUCUGCGCGGAGGAAAAUUUCUCUCUCGAGUGUCUGUUCGUGACGAGCUUGAUUCAGUGUUCUCGUUUCGAUCCCUAUUCUUCUCUCUGCCGCCGAUAAUCUCAUCAGGAUACAUGUACGUGGAUGUGAAUGUUCCAUUUCGCUUUGAAAUUGAGGGAUGGAAUGUGGACUCAGAGAGAAGGAAUGGAUAUUCAUCUGACUUGCACAGUGCAGAUUUCCUUCGGUUUUUAUUUGAUGGGAAUAGAACAACCUGGCUUGGCUUAUCUUGCGUCAUGUUGGCUCAGAUUCUGAUUGUCCCUUAUGGUAUUUUCUUUUAGCUUUCGGCAAUGGAAGUCAAGGCAGCAAGGAGAGUCCCAGUCUUUGAUCGAGUAGGAAGUCAACCUGCGAGAAACGAAGUCUGCACCUUCUGGCUUGCGGGAAAAUGCAAUAGAAACCCAUGUAGGUUUAUGCACAGAGAGUCGCCACCUCCUCAAAGUGGGAAAAUGUCCCAUUCACCUCCAAGGAGUGAUUUCCAUCGAAAUCGCUCCAGAAAUUUGACUUGGAAGAAACCCAAUAAUUCUAUCCCCAAAACUGGGAAUGCGGAGAGUAGCAAGAACAUUCCACAGAAAGUAUCCACGAUUAACAGAACCAUCAAACACAAUCAAGAAAUAAUGGAUGUUACAAAUGAGAAGGAUGAAAGCACACAUGCCCUACCAAAUGAUUUGGAAACUGACGAUAGUAUUGUUCAAGAAACUCUCCCAAGUAUUGUUCAAGAAACUCUCCCAAAGCAAUGCAAGAACUGGCUCAGUGGCAACUGUAGCCUUGGGGAGAAGUGCGCGGAUAAACACUGUUGGUUCUAUGGUUCUGGAUUUACAAUGUUGGGAAAGCUAGAGGGACACGGCAAGGCUGUUUCUGGAAUUUGCCUCCCAUCUGGACACACUAAGCUUUAUUCGGGUGGUGAGGAUGGCUGUGUCCGAGCCUGGGACUGCUACAGCGGUCAGUGCUCUGGUUUGGAAAACUUGAACAGUGGUGUACGUUGUAUGGUCACCGAAGGUCAAUGGCUUUUUGUUGGAUUGCAUGAUGCUGUUAAGGCUUGGAACUUUGAAAGUCAAUCUGGAUUUACUCUUAAUACCGGAGGGGCUGUAAUUUGUAGCAUGGCUGCCGAUGACAAUGUCUUGUUUGCUGGAACAGAGCAUGGUUCCAUAUUGGUAUGGAGAUGGCAAUCCGAAAGCUCCAAUGCUCCUGAACCAGUUGCAUUGUUGAAGGAACACACGGGUGCUGUGUGUUCACUUGUCGUAGGAUCUAAGCGACUUUAUUCCGGUUCUAAGGACUCUACUAUCAAGCAAUGGGAUGUGCAUACUUUGCAGUGCUUGCAAACGUUGCACGGGCAUACAAGUGAUGUGACGGCUGUUCUUUGCUGGGAUUACUUUUUGCUAUCCGCUUCCCUCGACAAAACAAUAAAGGUUUGGGCUACCUCGGAAAAUGAAACCAUAGAAAUGAUCUAUGAGAUGAAAAACGAUAAUGGAGUGAUUGCCCUCGCCGGCAUACAUGCCUCAGAAGCUAAGCCAAUUCUACUAUGUUCUUACACCGACAACACUGCUCGACUUUUUGAACUGCCAACAUUCUCCGAACGAGGUAGAAUAUUUUCAAGGCAUCGCAUUGAAGUGAUUCGAAACGACGGCGACGUCGAGGGACUCUUUUUCACCGGCGAUGCAGCCGGAGAACUCGUUGUUUGGAAGAUGCUUUGAUCCGUACAUUCUUUCUCAUGUAAAUUCUCAACAUUCUAUAGAAGAAAUUGAGAGAAAUUUUUCCCAUAUCAUCAGCUAUUUAAGAAUGAAUGGAAUAUUUGUGUUUAGAUAAUAUAUUAA